UGUGUAAGUUGCCUUUUGUUUUUUUCUCUUUACGGAAACCGACUUCAGAAAGGUCAGAAAGUCAAAGUAUGCUGGGAGUGACUUUCUUCGAUGUAUAAGCGUGUUGUUAUAUACAGACUGCAUGAUGCUCUGACUUCGUUUUUUUUUUUUUUUUAACGCUGUGCCAUAUGGCUUCCCUCAUAUCAUCAGAGCGUCUUUUGCACAGAUUUUUCUUCCUCCCUCCUUCCCUCCAUGUGUUCACCUCUCCUCGCCCUCUCUCAGCUCCUCUCGGUGGGAUGAUGAGGCGUAUGCGCAGUCGCUCCAGGACAAUCUGUCUGUCCUUGGCCUUCGUCGCCGUUUUCCUCUACCUCCUGCUGGCGCUUGUCUCUCUUCCCAUUCACCACCAGCCCUGCGACCCCCUACUGCCGCCGAGGACACAUGUCCUGCGAGACCUGACGCGCGCCAGCUACACUUCUGUGGGGCUGAGUGGUCCGACCGAUGCCACACAUGGAGAUUCUUCCAAUAAGGGUGCCAACAAGGGUGCCAAAGGCCAUGUGCGAGCACUCUCGGACGGGCUCUUAUCAGCGACAGAGGGUAAAAUGAACAUGCCGGGCGGUGAGCAUCGUCACGGCACCGACCGGGCAGAAUCUGUGGCGUCUGGGCAGUCGAAGCUGGAAGCGUUGUUUGACCAUCCUCUUUACAACAUGCCCAGCCCUCCUAUCCCAGAGGAAGACUGGCUGCUGAAAGUGAAACCGAAGAUCAAGGCGAGCGAGAAGAGCUCCCAGAUGUGGGUGAGUGCUAGCAAGGAAGGCUACGAGGAUGUCCAGUGGAACAGCAGCAGUACCAGCCACCCUCCCUGGCUGCGCUUCCACCUGGGCAUCUCCCGCUGGCAGCUGUACCCCCGUCGUGACCCCAACAUGGCGCCGCUGACCGAGCAGCUCGCCACGCAACGCAUCGUCAGCGCAGUGCAGAAGUCUGGGGGGACGCAACUGAAGCUGGUGAUGUCAUUUCCUAACUAUGGACAAGCCAUGUUCAAGCCCAUGAAGCAGGAGAGAGACGAGGAAACCAACUAUAACCUCUACUACUUCUCUGACUUUGAGAGACAUAAUGCAGAAAUCGCAGCUUUUCACUUGGACAGGAUUUUGGGCUACAGGAGAAUCCCUCCGGUGGUGGGGAGGCUGGUGGACGUGGUCGAGGAGAUCAAACGUGUCACCACCGACCGCAAGGUGGCUCGAACCUUCUUCACUUCCCCUGUGGGUAACGUAUGUUUCUACGGCCAGUGCUCCUACUACUGUUCCACAGAGCACGCCGUCUGCGGUCGGCCCAGAAAGCUGGAGGGCUCCCUGGCUGUCAUGCUGCCCGAUCUCUCCCUGGCGUCCCGCAGGUCCUGGAGAUCCCCUUGGAGACGCUCCUACAGCCGCAGCAAACUGGCAAAGUGGGAGUCAGAGCCAGACUACUGCUCGACGGUGAAAAAGACCCCGCCGUACGACAAAGGCACACGACUGGUGGACUUCAUAGAUCUGGUCAUACUGGACUUCUUGAUGAGUAACAUGGACCGGCACCAUUAUGAAACCUUUGAGAAGUUUGGCAACAACACUUUCCUGCUACACCUGGACAACGGGAGGGCAUUCGGGCGUCACUCCAAAGAUGAGCCUUCUAUCCUCGCUCCUCUAGAACAGUGCUGCAGAAUCCGGCGCACCACCUGGCUACGCCUGCGUCUGCUUUCUCUACCACAGUAUCGUCUCAGUGACGUCAUGAGGGCCUCGCUCUCCCAUGAUCCCCUUCACCGUGUGGCUCCACUGCUGUCAGAGCCCCACCUCGCCGCUCUCGACCGGCGCUUGAAAACUGUGCUGGAGACUGUAAGUCGGUGCCAAGAGAGAGAUGAUGAUGUCAUCUUCGAUGACAUGGCCUCCUUGAAAGACACAGUCACACCUGUUGGGUAGGAAAGUCUGUUAACUUUGUUAUGUUGAUGACGACAUGUCACACUUGCACAUGCAAAAUGUUUUAAGCAGUUACAUUAAUGUCGUUAAAGUUUGAAGGAUUUUGACAGUUUCUUGGCAUAGUUGCAGUUCCAGUAAAACAGGUUGUAUAAAAAGAACAAAACAUGAGAAGGGAACCCUAAAUUGUGAACACUAAACUUCCAGAAAUGUUGGACUCUACAACAUACAUUCUCUGUAAUGUAACGUUGUCCUAGGAAAGGGGCAAAUGGUCCUUCAUGUGAUGGGAAGCAAAAAUGGAAUAGAUUGCUGGUUUAUAGACACUUGCAUCAUUUCCCAGGAAGUACUAUAUUGUAUAUAUUAUAAUUAUUGUCAAGGAUAGAUACAAUAUUAGAUACCGAAGAUGUGUGUAGUAAGGGAGAGGAUUUGUGACUACAUGUGUAAGGUGCAGGUUAUUUCAUCUUAUAACAAACAAUUACAUAUUAGUUUUGUUGUUUUAUUUUGUCGUUCUGUGACAAUAAUACUUCUCCCCAACACUAACACUGACUUUCUAGAGCUGAAUCGAGCUGUUUCAGAAGUGACUUACAGAUAAUGUCAGAUGUGAAUGUUUUAAGUAAAUUCCUCGCUGUAAUGCCCGUCAUGCUAUAAAGUAGAUUUUUUCCAAUGACAAUAUCUCUACUGUGAACAGUAAAAAGUGAAACUCUU